AUGGCCUUCAAGAAAAAUAUGUCAUUAUUAGAAAGGGAACAAUUGUACAUGUUUGAAAUUCUCAUUGACGGUCUACAUCUAUAUCCCGAGAAAAUUAUUAAUAAUCAAGAGUGCGAUUUGAUGGUACGUAUAAACUUCGUCGAUCUCAAAUCCGUCGACGUCGUAGCCGAAGAAUCAACCAAGGUUAACGACAGAGAAACUAGGAAUAAAGAAAAUCGAUUUUCCGACGAGUACGUCAGUUUCGAAGGCAAGACGUGUCUGCUCGUCCGAACACCGAGCGAUUUAAUACGAUCCGUAAAAUCGACUCCUCUUAGCAUCGAAGUGUAUCGGAUUCUUCGCGGAGAGGACCACAACCCGCGAGACGAUGCCGGACACGUUCUUCUCUGCGCGGCAACGGCAUUUAUGCCAGGGUGUUUCUGCGAUCGCAUAGCCGCGGCCAGAGGCAAGAUAGACGGGCUAUCAAAGUCGUACACAUUGACGAAGAUUUACACCUUGACCGAUGAACAUGGGAACCCGUGCGGGUCCAUAUCGAUGUGCCUGAGGCUGUCGUGUUUCGGAAGCUCCAUUAUAAAUCAUCUUACGCUUCACGAAAAGUCAUUCGUACUUCGAGGAUUUCCUCUCGGUUGGGAGGUUCCUUGCACGAAACUGUCCGACGAAGAUGUAAACGACGAGAGGCACAAGACAAAAUGUGACAACAACACAUCAUUAUUGUGCAAAAUUCUGGAUCCUACGUAUUCGAAAUUACACGACCAGAACGAUGGUACAGAGGCAAAGUCCGUGAUGUUGACGAGACCGGAAUCUCCACCUCGCGUAUCGAUCGACCAGCCGGGAUUCGAGAAAUUAACGAGCGCCGAGAAACUGAACGAUCAUAGGUAUCGCGGUUUAAUUUACGAGACCUAUCACGACGAGCCGACUUGUUCGUGUCUACCGACAGACCGAUCGACGCAUCCAAUGAUGUGUCGUUCCGGAUGCGUCCGUUCUUGCUGCAUGGCUCUGAGAAAUCCCGACGCUCUUAAAAAGUAUCCAUCGCUCGCUACGCUCGCUCCCGACUGUUUAAAACUGGAUGUGGGACGAAACGUGACUUAUCAUGACUCUGCGAGGAUGAGAGGUGGCGACGACACGGAUGAUAGUUACCUAAACAACGAAACGUUAUGGGACGAGGAGUACACGUGCCACGGGGAUGAUAUUAAUUUUAAAAAUCGCAUGAUGGGUGGAAGUGACUACGACGCAUCAGCCUACGCGUUUUCCGAAGCGGCAACAGUCAUCUAUGAGAAGAACAAGGAAACGAGUGCUGGUUCGCCAUGCAGACCGCGACCAAGAACGGCGGACGGAAUUAAAGCGCCCGACUGCAUUUGUCCGGGAAAAGUUUCGUCGCCUUGGAGAACGGAUACAUCUAGGUGUACGAAAAAACCGUGCGUAGGCGCAGAUUGCAUGAUUCGCGCCUUCAAGGAGGCCCAAGAAUUCGUGGAUUCAAUCGGCAAAGUGCCAGGCCUGGUGGGUCUCGGCCUGAUGGAUCCAUCCGAGAGUCCUUACUUCGGCCGUGACGUACAGAGGGAUUAUGCCAUUCAAGAAGCACCGAGUGAGAGAAAGCGAGGAUAUCCCGUCUCGGCACCGCCAGCGUUGCCGAUUCAAUGUCCCGCACCUUGCAACACGCAGAUCGGUAGAGUCAUCGCCGGCAUCGUCUCCACACCUUACGUCGCACCCACUGCCGUAACGACAGGGAUUCCAGGACGCCCUGGUGUCGUACGCGAGGCGAUACCAACGUUACCGGAAGCACUCCCGCUACUCCCGGUCGCCGUCAAGCCGAAGAAGAAGGAGGACAAGAAGGAAGAAAAGUUGGAAAAGCAGAAAGAGCUGGACGUUACGACCUCCGCGCCGCUGGACGUCGACAUUGGUCCCUGCGGCGAGCCAAAAUGCAAAUCUCGCCGGAAGAAACCCAAAGACGACCGGACGGUGCCGCACGACGUCGUCGAGGAAUCGCAGAAAAAACCGAUACAGUCAACCCCGCCAAGUACAAUCUCCGCGAAAGCAGUCGGCAAAUUCACCGGAAAGGGACGGUAUCCGAGGGGUAAGGCAGGCCCGGGUGGUGACAGGGGUCCUAUCAAGGUCAGCAAGCGAGUGAUGCGAUACGUUUAUUCCAUCGGCGACGUCUAUCCCGGGACUAAUUACGGCCACAAGAACUGCAUCGAUCCGCGAUUCAGGGUGCCGGCGAACAUGGGCUGGCUGUGGAACACGAGCGCGACGGUGGGCAAGCUGAAGCCGCGAAUCGGCUGGAAGCCGGGCGCGAUCAGCCGUUACCUGAACGAGCUGUUGAAGGAGGCGAAAGGCGCCUCCACGCUGGAGCAUUAUCGGGCGAGGUCGACACCCUCGCGCACCAGCCUGCGACGCGGCAAGACGUACAAGAGCAUGAGCUACGUGUCGCAGGUGAAGAAGGAGGGCGAGGAGGACGCGGAACCGCCGCCUACCCUGCAUAUUCACCGUAAAGACGGCACGUACUACGUGACGAUGUACCCGAUCAGGCAGGAGACGGACGCGGACGCGUCGCGGCUCGAGGAGCCGAUGAAGCCGCUGCAGUUCAAGAUAGCGCGCAACAAGGACGACGCUUCCGUGGCGUCGAGCUCCACGGCGUCAGACAUGGAGAUCGAGUUCUCGCCCCCAGCGGCGGUCAACAGGUACCGCAGGAAGCCCGACGUCAUUCACGUGGACACCCAGGUCAGGCAGCAGGAGAUCCUCGACGCGUUCAAACCGGCGGCGCGGGCGGCCGACGCGCCGAGGAAGGAGAGAAAAGGCAAAAGAGAAAAGAAGGGAAAGAAGUAA